AUGGCGGGGCCAGAGCUGUACUUCGAAAAGUUUCUCGGAAAAGGUUCUUUUGGUUCAGUGAGUCUCUUCAAAUACAAGGGAAAACGCGACGGCAAAACCCUUUACGCCGCCGUUAAAACCUCCGACGAUGAGUCUCUCCACAGAGAGUUUCAAAUCCUGUCGGAAUUCAAAGGAUGUUCAAGAAUCGUUCAGUGUUAUGGAACCAAAGUGCAAAGAUUCAACAACGACCAAGGUAACGUAGAGUACGAGAUCAAGAUGGAGUAUGCACCUGGAGGAAGCUUGAGGAGCUUCAUCAACCGAUACAGAGACAGGAAACUGCCUGAUCCUAUGAUCAGAGCGUUUACGCGUAUGCUUCUCGAAGGCUUAGCCGUGAUUCACGGACGUGGCUAUGUUCACUGCGAUCUAAAGCCUGAGAACAUCCUUGUUUUCCCGAGUUGUGUUUAUGAGGACGGCGCGUGGAGAUCGUCUUUGGAGCUGAAGAUUUCUGAUUUCGGUUUGUCGAGAAGAGAGGGAGACAGCGAGUGGUGGCAACCUGGUCGUCGGUUUGCGGGAACACCGAUCUACAUGUCGCCGGAAUCGGUUUCUCACGGAGAGACAGAGAAAGGUCUUGAUCUAUGGUCUUUGGGAUGUGUGGUGUUGGAGAUGUACACAGGAAAGAGACCGUGGUGGCAUAAAAACUACGAUUUAGAGGAUCUUGAGAACUGUUACGAGCCACUGAUUCCAAGUGAUCUUCCUUCCGAUGCAAAACUCUUUAUCAUGACUUGCUUCGCGCUGGAGACUGAAGACAGGAAAGACGCGUCGACAUUGUUGAGGAGUAGCUUCUUGCGUGGACAAGUCAGUAAGAUUACAAAGCCUCAGGUGAAUGUGAAGACUGAUGAUCGGAGGAACUUUGCUCUGGAACUAGAGAAUAUUAGAGAGAGACUUUCAGAAAUUAGGAGUAUUUGUGUUUAA